AUGAUGCGUGGCGCUGGGGACGCUGGGGGCGCUGGGGACGCUGGGGGCGUGCAGUCGCUGGCAAUUAGCACCCUGACAAUGACAUUCAAAACGUGUGCAAAUAGAACAGGCGGGAAUACCUGCCUCCCACACUACGGUUUCGACAGCACCAUUUGCCGCCGCACAAUGUCGGGCUAUGGAAACUUUGUACCAUGUUUUAUCACACAGAGCCUGGAAAUUUAUACAAAGUUCUCACGCGUUUUAGAUUCACUACGAUCCCAUCCACCCAACUGGGUGUAUUUAAAGCAGUCG